UCUGUAUCGGCUCGCUCGUUGAUGCCUCGUUUUGUUUUCUUUGGUUGGGCAUCGCAGCUCGAGUUUGUAUUGCUGAGGGACAAAAGCGACAAGAAAAAGAGAAGAGAAUUAGACAGACGUGGAGACGGAGUGCCGUGCAGAAGACCUCCUCCUUCCCCGUUCCCACAGCCCUGCUUUGAGGUGACUUAUGGCUGUCCACUUGAGAAGGGAUCAGUAGAGAGGAGAUGAGCAGAUGCUUAGGAGACAGAAGAGUUUCACACAGAGCAUGGCUUUGGCCAAAGACGAUCACGUGGAUGAAAGACUGGCCUGCAUUAAGCAAGAGGACUGUGAGUGGGGUGCACCAAAGGGUUUGUGUGUGAAGGUGGAGGAAUGUGAGAGAAGAAUUUCAGCGUUUAAAGAGGAGGAGGAGGAGGAGUGCAAGAGGGAGACCGUCGACAUUAAAGUUGAGCAUUCAGGAAACUUCCCGGUUAGUCUUGAACUACAAACGUGUGAAACUGGGAAUAUUUUCAAGGAAGAAGAGUCUCAUUCCAGUUGGCUCACUGAUACAGGACAACUGCAGAAUUCCUUGGAAAUGAAAUCCGAGUUUCCUCAAUUUAAAGAGAAAGUCACUGAAGGAAAUGGGAGCGAAGCAGAAGAGCAGCUGCCGUCUGGGAGUGCCGGGAUCAAAUUGCUGAAGGACAGCGGCAUCUCACUGUCUUCAUGUGCUCAGACCUCUCUUCAGUGCCAACACAAACAGAAACAAGACCAGGAGAAGAUGAAGAAAUCAACAAGAGGAUCAGAGAAUUGGACAACAGCCUCUUUGCCAUGUGCUUCUCUAACUGCUGUCAGACACACACAGGCAGAAGCCCUCAACACUGAACAACGAAAAGUGCAUUCCACAGACGGAGAGGCUUUGAAUAUGGGUCCAGAGUGGAAAACGCCCUUCAAAAACACUUCCGACUGUAAAGACCUUAAGUCAGUUCAUACGACACCAAAGUCGCAUUCAUGUUCUGAAUGUGGUAAACUCUUUUCAAGCAGCAACAGUCUUCAGAAACACAAAAGAAUUCACAGUGGAGAGAAGCCUCAUUGCUGCUUGGAAUGUGGGAAACGAUUCUUACAAAGAAUUCACCUUCAGCAACACAGUAGAAUACACACUGGAGAGAAACCUUAUUGCUGUCCUGAAUGUGGUAAACGAUUCUCAAACAGCAGUGGCCUUCAUAGUCAUAAACUAAUUCACACUGGCGAGAAACGUUUUCACUGUUCUGAAUGUGGCAAGCAUUUGUCAGGCAGAGGGAGACUUAACAUCCACAUGAGAAUUCACACCGGAGAGAAACCUCAUUGCUGUUCUCAGUGUGACAAACGAUUCUCACUAUUAAGCAGUCUUCAGCUCCACACAAGAAUCCAUACCGGGGAAAAACCUUAUUGUUGUUCAGAAUGUGGCAAACAGUUUUCUGCCAGUUGCAGUCUCAGGAGGCAUACAAGAAUCCACACUGGAGAAAAGCCAUAUAGCUGUUUUGAAUGUGGCAAACGAUUCUCUGAAAACAGCACUCUCCAGAAGCAUGCACGGAUCCAUACUGGAGAGAAGCCAUUUUCUUGUUCUGAAUGUGACAAAAGAUUCACCCAUAACAGCACACUUCGGAAUCACCUAAGAAUUCACACUGGAGAGAAACCUCAUGGCUGUUCUGAAUGUGGCAAACGAUUUUCAUAUAAUAGCAGUCUUCAGAACCAUGUAAAAAUUCACACUGGAGAAAAAUCUCACUGCUGUUCUGAAUGUGGUAAAAGGUUUUUACAAAUAUUCCAACUUCAGCGACACAUGAGGAUUCACAAUGAAGAGAAACUCUCUUGCCCCGAAUGUGGCAAACAGUUCUCAAACAACAGUGCCUUUCAUAGUCAUAUUAGAAUUCACACUGGUGAGAAACCUCUUAGUUGUUCUGAAUGUGGCAAACGUUUAUCAGACAGCAGCAGUCUUAAUAGACAUAUGAGAAUUCAUACUGGAGAGAAUCCCCACUCUUGUCCAGAAUGUGGGAAACAAUUCUCACACAUAAGCAGCCUUCAGAGGCACACGAGAAUCCACACUGGGGAAAAACCUUAUUGCUGUUCUGAAUGUGGCAAACGAUUCUCUGACAGUUACAGUCUCCAAAGGCAUUUGAGGAUUCACACCGGAGAAAAGCCCUAUGGCUGUGCUGAAUGUGGCAAAAGAUUUUCACAAAUAAGUAGCCUACAGAGCCACACAAAAAUCCAUACUGGAGUGAAACCUCAUUGCUGCUCUGAAUGUGGCAAACGUUUCUCCUGUAGCAGAUACCUUCAGAAACAUAUAAAAAGUCACACUUAAGUAAAGCUAGAUUGUUGUUCUGAAUAUUAAAGACAUUCUCACAAUGAAGUACUCCACAGUCACAGAAGGAGUGACGAUGUCAUACUAUGUGAAGUUCCAGCUGCUAUUUGAUAUUAAUAAUUUAUCAUCAACUAGCUUUCAUUUUUCACUCUGUGUUCUUUCUUCAAUAGACUAUUAAGUGAGCGCACACCUCAAGUUUAGAUGAUGCUCAGGAGUUGGAAGAGAUAUGUAAAAAAGACAACAUUUUGGGCUAACAAAUACCUUGUUAUGAAUAAAAACAAGCUAACAUGCAUUCCACAGUAAGAACCUCAUUCACCAGUCAAAUGGUUCUGCUAAUUCUUGGAUGAAGGAUCUGGAGAUGUCGCACCCAUUGAAAGAGCCUUGAAUUCGGUGGAGGAUUUUUUACCAUCAAGCCACCUGAUUGCAAACUCGAGUUAAAGAUGAAGUACCAGUUAGGUUAUCCAUCACAAGAGAGAAAAAGGAAACAGAAUUUUGGAAUGGCCCCAAUGAGAUGUUGUGCCAGAACCUUAAACUACUUGAUCCUAAUCAGUCAGGAUUCAAGAAGGGCCAUCCCAACGUGAUGGCUGUACUACUUACAGUGGUUAACACCUAAGUGGCAGGCCAGAGCCACCAGCAUGUCAUCUGUGACCAUCUCUCCUCCUCCUUCGAUGUGGUCCACCACAAGAUCCACUCCACCUUGUUACCCUCUCAGACCUUGGCAGCACUGGCACUACCCCUAGCUGAUUUGAUCCCUACGUCUUGGGCAGAUCCUACCAUGUGUCCUGGCAUGGACAGAUGUCAAUGGUGCACCAGCAAGCAUGGGGGUGUUCAACGAAUCGGUGCUGGGCCCUCCUCCUCUUCUCACUGUACAUCUUCUCAGCAGACCUAAUCAUCCUGUCCCAUGGCUUCUCCUACCAGUGCUCUGUUGAAGAUAAGCAGUUGUAGCUGUUGAUACCUUCAGAGGACCACACAGUAUCAUCUUCAGAUCUCUGCAGGUCUCACUGAUAAUGCAUCCUGGAUGAAGGAACACCAUUUGCAGCUCAACCUGGCAUUGUUGGACCUUCUUCUCUCAUUGAUUUGUAACCUGGAUGAAGGAACAUCAUCUGCAGGUCACCCUGGCAUUGUUGGACCUUCUUGUCUCAUUGAUUUGUAACCUGGAUGAAGGAACACCAUCUGCAGCUGAACUUGGCAUAGCUUGACCUUCUUGUCUCAUUGAUUUUGUAUCCUGGAUGAAGGAACACCAUCUCUAGCUCAACCUGUCAAAGACAAGCCAUCUUGUCUCACUGAUAUUGCAACCUAGAUGAUGCAGCACCAUCUCCAGUUCAACCUCUCAAAGAUGGACCUUUUGGUCUCAUUGAUUUUACAACCUGGAUGAUGGAACACUAUCUCCAGCUCAACCUGGCAUAGAUGGACUUUCUUGUCCUCCCAGCUCAUCCAGCUAUUCAUCGUCCCAUCUCUGUUCAGCUUGUCUUAGUGUCAUUUACACCUGCCAAGUCAACCCAACCUUUGGGUGGUAAUCGAUGACCAUCUUGUCCUCCGGGGACCAUCUCCUGGUCUUACCGAUUCUUUGUAUGCCACUGUUGUUCAAAC